UCGAAUCUCGACCUAUACGUGGUGGCUCGCGACAGUGAUCAAACAAUCAGUUCUAUCGCGACGACAUUUUCCCAUCUCUGCUCGCACGUUUUCCAGAACCUGUUCCAUCGGGUCGUUCGCGUUUCGUUUUUACUGUUCUUUCUGCUAUCGGCCAGAGAUUUUGGAGAAACUCGAGUGAAAGGGAACUGGGGGGGGGGGGGGGCAUAGUUGUGCAGGGCAAGCGGUGUAUUUACGUCCUCGACUCUGUUUCAUCCAUCACAGUCGAUAUAAAGGGAGUGUACGACUGUUACGCAAAAUAGAAGCAAGUAAUUUAGACGAGAUGGAAAACGCGGAGGAUGUUAUGGCUACGGUUGAAUUGCACAUUUACGACCUUUCGAAGGGCAUGGCUGCUACUAUGUCCAGACUUGUUAUAGGUCGACACAUAGAGGGGAUAUGGCACACAGCGAUCGUCGCCUACGGGAGAGAAUAUUACUUUGGUCCAAGCGGGAUCCAAACUGCCAGGCCUGGCGGCACGGUGCUAGGCGAGCCGAACAAGGUGGAAAGAAUCGGCGACACCUACUUGCCGUACUCCAUCUUCUUAGAAUACAUCAACGGCUUGGGCACGUCCAAGUUCGCCCCGGGGACGUACAACCUCUUCAAGCACAACUGCAACUGCUUCACGGACGAAGUUAGCAAUUUCUUGGCUGGCAAGGGUAUACCGAAGUACAUUCUCGAUUUGCCGGAAGAGAUAUUCCAAACACCAAUCGGACAGGGUCUGAGAACCCUGAUAGAGACUUUGAGCAGCAGCCCGAGUGGAUCCAAACUAUUUACAGUUGGUCAAGCAUUCCUUGGUACAAGAAACCAGAGAGAAGUUUCGCCAGAGUACGAGCUUUUAAAUGAGGCCAUCGAGGAAGCUAGAUUGAACUCGAUCGCGCUAGAAGAAAGGAGAAACGAGCUUAACGAGAAACUCGCGAAGAAGGACCGAAAGAAAAAAAAGAAGAAGAAGGAGAAGAAACAGAAAGGAAGUAGAGACAGCACCGCGAGCGACACUAACAGCACCGGGCCCAGCAAUUGCGUAGAUAUGGCGGAAAGCGAAACAGCUGUACUGAGCGAGAUGCAGGCCACUAAUGGGGAUAACACAGACAUGCUACCAUCCGAUAGAGUCAUGCAAAUGGAAGAAGAGGAGAAGCUGGAACUGGAGGAGAGGAAGCGUCAACGUGAUCCACCUAUAGUGUUUAAGGACUUAAUAGACGUAAAGUCGGAAUACGAGGCAUUAUCCAACUUGUUGGAAGGAAAAUUAAAUAAAGAGGAAGGAGUGUGCAUGCAGGAACUCGAACAGUAUAUUAUAGAAAACGAGGGCUCUUGGGCGCUUGGGGAUAAUUUCUUAAAUUUCGUAGGACGAAUUCUAUAUGAUAAAUCUCUGUCAAGCGACACGAGAGUAAAAUUGUUGAACGUACUUUCUGUUGCUGCGUUAAAAGACGAUGUGAUCCUUUUAUUACACCAGGAUAGGAGAGAACAUAUCAUUAUGAAUUACGCUUUCGAUAUUGACCGUCAUCCCCAGGAAGAACAACUCCCUCUUACGCAAUUUUUAGCAAAUAUGUUCGAAAACCUCAGCAGCUCGGAAUGGCUAUUGUACAUAUCAGAAUGGCAACACCAGAACCAGAAUAUCAGUAAUAUAAGGGUGACGACCAAAGUAGCGGUACAUUCGUUGCUUUCGAACUCGCUCGACAUGCAGACUCGUGGUGCAGCUAUUAUUCACAACCUUGCCUGCAAGGAGAAAAUGAGCAAAAGCAAAAAUCUGCGGCGACUUUUACCAAAAGGCAGCAUUUCUAAGGUGUUCGACGACGUCGCCGUGGAACUGACAAUGGCACUGUUACAAUAUUUCAAUGGCGAUCCAGCCGAGGAGCAACUGUUUGCAUGCAUGAAGUCCUUGGCGCGUUUCACGCAAAUCAGCGGCCAGGACGUGCCACAACUCAUCCAAAUGAUUGGCCCGGAACCGAACAAGUUCCGCGGGGUGUCCGAGAGAGUCGACGAGCAAAUUGACCAAGUCAAUAAGAAAUUGCGUUAACGUGCGCACAAUCAAACAAUCGCAUUGAGAAAAUCCUGAAUUCCAACCGCGGUGCGAUCCCGGGACGCUGUUAUUGUGUUAUAACUGAAUUUUUACAUAGAGAUUUUAUUGAAAUAAACUGCAUAUAAUGUA